CACUGACAGACAUGAAUUACAGAAAUUAGAAAUGGCUGCGAUAGGUAGUGGACGGGGGACGAUGGAUUCCCAAAAUCAAGUGCAAAGUGAUACAGAAGAUCGUUUAAAAUUACUUUAUCCGAACGUAAACGAAGAUGAGACACCUUUACCUAGAUCUUGGAGCACAAAAGAUAAAUUCAGCUACAUCGGGCUGUCGCAAAAUAAUCUUCGAGUGCAUUACAAAGGUGGCUCGCCGGGCCCGGGCCGCUGUCCCCACCUGCCCUACCUCCACUUGCGCCUCUGGAUGUAUCGUCAUGGCAAGACGCACAAGGACGCCGCGAGCGUGCGCGCCACCCACCCCAUCCCCGCGGCGUGCGGCCUCUACUACUUUGAAGUGCGAAUCGUGUCGAAAGGUCGCGAUGGCUACAUGGGCAUCGGCCUCUCAGCGCACGGCGUCAACAUGAACCGUCUGCCCGGGUGGGACAAGCACUCGUACGGGUACCACGGCGAUGACGGGCACUCGUUCUGCUCGUCGGGCACGGGCCAGCCGUACGGACCCACCUUCACCACGGGAGACGUUAUCGGCUGCGGUGUUAACCUCGUCGACAAUACAUGUUUCUACACCAAGAACGGCCACCAUCUCGGCAUCGCCUUCAGAGGAUUACCCCCGAACCUGUACCCGACGGUGGGGCUGCAGACGCCGGGCGAGGUGGUGGACGCCAACUUCGGGCAGGCGCCGUUCGUGUUCGACGUGGAGGACAUGCUGCGCGAGCUGCGCGCGCGAACCCGCCUCGCCAUCGACGAGUUCCCGCUGCCCGACGCGCAGGGCCAGUGGCAGCAGGUGCUGCACAGGAUGGUGUCCUCGUACCUGGUGCACCAGGGCUACUGCAGCACGGCGCUGGCCUUCUCGCGCGCCACCGGCCAGCCCAUCGACGAGGACAUCGCCUCCAUCAAGAACAGACAGAGGAUAUCUAAGCUGGUGCUGUCGGGGCGCAUCGGAGAGGCCAUCGAGGCGACGCGGCGCGCCUACCCCGACCUGCUCGAGCGCGACCCCGACCUGCUCUUCCUGCUCAAGAUACGACAGUUCAUCGAAAUGGUCAACGGCACCGACUCCGAGGUCAGCGGCGAGCGCGCGCCCGACUGCGCCGCAGACGUCGGGGCCAACGGCGUCGCCACCUCCGUCAUCGCCCACACCGCGCACCCCGCGCACCCCGCGCCCCACGCGCCCCACGCCCCGCACGCCCCGCACGCCAACGGACAGGCUGCGCCCCACGCCAACGGAGUGGCGCUGCCGGCCGACCAGGCCACCGACAUCGACGUCGACGUCGACAUGACAUCCCCCGCCAACGGCGCGCACCACGCCCCGCACGCCCCGCACGCCCCACACCAAGAUGGCGGUCUGCCCACUGCGCCGCUCUUGAAGGGCAUGCCCGGCAUCACCACCAGCGUGGCCGCGCUCCUGCCGCGCUUUGGUGCGUACCGCUCGCCCGCCGCACGCUCGCCCACACGCCCACUCGUCCGCACGCCCACUCGCCCACUCGCCCACUCACCCACUCACCCACUCCCCACCCCGCUCACUGCGCCCCCGCGUGUGUGUGUCUGCGGGGCGGGCGCGGGGGCGGGCGCGGGUGGAGGCGCGGGCGGCGGCUGCACGCGCGCCUCCGUGGAGCGCAUGCUGGCCUUCGGGCGGGACCUCUACGCCAUGAGCCAGCGCCACACGCACGACCCCUGCCAGCGCGCCAUGCUCGAGGAGGCCUUCAGCUUGCUGGCGUACAGCAACCCGUGGGACAGCCCGGUGGGCUGGCAGCUGGAGCCCAUCCGCCGCGAGCCCGUCUGCAGCGCCCUCAACGCCGCCAUACUGGAGCUCCACGGGCGGCGCUGGAUGUCGUCAGUGGAGGCGUGCAUCACGCACGCGCGCGAGCUGCUCCGCCGCAUGGCGCGCGCCUCCCUCGGCGCCUGCGCCUUCGCCGACCUGCCCGCGCUGCUGCGCCACUGACCGCGAAAUCGCAUCGGCCCGCACGCGCCCCGCGCCCUCCCGCGCCUUUGCUCGCGCCUUCGUACGCGCACGCGCCCCCGCACGCGCCCAUGCCGCCGCGCGCUCUUAAUAUGUAUUAGUGAAGUUCAUUUGGGAGAGAGAUAAAUCAACAUCUUCACUUUAUUUAAGCAAUGUAUAAAACCCCUUCGAUAUUUUUAUCUAUGUUAUAUAAGGCGCGUGGAGUAGGCGCGGGAGACGCGUGGGGGACGCGUGGGGGACGCGUGGGGGAUGCGUGGAGGACGCGCGGGGGACGCGUGAAGCUGGCGUGUCAAGCUUGCGAUAUGCAUCUAUGUAAAAUGUGCAGAGGUUGCAUCGUGUGUAUGUAUAUACCGUGUGCUUCGUUUCACCGUCAACGAAAAUGGACGUUGUGAUAUAUAUGAGAUAAAGCUGAAAUCAAUUGUAGCACUAGUGUGACGGAGGGACUAUGCGUUGUGUAUAUUGUCUUUCAACGUAUAUUAUAGAUAUAUCGAUUAUAAAAUAUAAAAAAUGAAAUAAAAAUAGUGGGUAGUAGUACCUCGUAGGGGCGGGGGCGGGGCGAGGGGCGCGGGGUUGCGCCGCACCACUGACACACGACUGCACUGAUAUAUUUGAACAUAAAAAGUAUCGUCCCCGCGCCGGACCUACGAUAGAUUUACUUAUAAACAAACUGAAAAUAUUUACGUGUAGAAAAGUAAAGAAUUAUAAGAGUGGCCGCCGCCUUGCGUUUUCUGUGCGUUCUUUGUGUCCGUGUCGGUGUCCGUGUCGUCCUGUCGCCCGGAAGAGCGUAGCGUUAGCGUGGGGCGACUGGCGCCGGGUGUCGGGCGCCUGGUGUCGGGCGCCUGGUGUCGGGCGCCGGGCGUCGGGCGCCUGGCGUAAGGCGCCGGGCGGCGGCCAGCGCGGGACGUCUCUGCACACACUCGAAUCUGCUGGCAUGUUUUGCAAUUGCAGAAAAUAUUAAUAUGUCUGAUAAAGUUCGCUUAAAUGAUUGCUUCUUACAGCGGCGCAGUGCCGUGCUGCUGUGUGUGCGGGUGUGUGUGUGUGUGCGUGUGUGCGCGUGUGUGCACGGUCGUCCUGGCGACAGGCGUCAGGCGACAGGCGUCAGGCGACAGGCGACAGGCGACUGCCUCACGCCGAGUUGUGUAAACAUGAGUCUACAAUAUUGUUCGUAUAUUGUAUUGUUUUCUUUUUUAAUAAUAUUAUAUUGUGUUUAAACGAC